GAGUUGGCAUUUUAUUAAUGCCAAAUUGGUUUUGAUAAGUUAUUCAUGUCAACUCAAAUGGUAAAAAAUGCCAACUCGAAUAAUAGAAAUUAAUAAUGCCAAGUUGGCAUUAAUAAUUUAUUAAUGCCAUUGUGCAUUUUGUAUUUGAGUUUGACGUCAAAAAAUUAUCAAAAAUUGCGAUUUUUAAAACCACAACGAAGCUCUGAUAGGUUGAUAUUUUUGUUGCAGUUGAAGUUUUGUUGCUCAUAUUUAGUUUGAGUUUUGAAAUAUUUAGUUUUCUAUUAAACGAUUUCUAAAAUGAGUGAUAUAGGUGCGAAACGCAAGAGAAAUAGAUUUAAAGUUGAAUGUUUAAAAUGCGGCAGUAUAUUUAAUAAAGAUUUCUAAAAAAAGCACGAAGAAAAAGUACAUAAUGGGAUAUCAGUAAAUCUAAAAGACGUUGGUGCUCCCGAAAAUCCUUUUCAAAGUGCUGCAAAAGCUUCAAAAAUUACAGGAAAACGAGAAUCGAACCAUGAAACAUGUCUUUCUCAAACAGUGGAGGAGGACUUAAUUCAAGAGGAUUCAAUUCAAUCUCCCCCAAUACUUUCGGCAAUAGAAGAGGUUGACAUACAACAUGAUGAAGUCAAUUGGUUAUCAUGUGCUGGUCAGUUGGAAAAUAUUGUCACAGACUUAAACGAGUGUGGUACCAUUUUGUCUAAAUUUAAAUCUGAUGCAUUACGAAAUCCAGUGAUAUUCCUGUUAGAAAGCAUUCAAGUCAUAAGUCGAAUAAAAUCAAAUUCUAAAGAAUUUUUUAAAAAUGCAAAUAUUUUGUCCGAACACAUCUCUAAAUCAUCUAAAAAUUUAGAACCAAUUAACAAUAUUAUUGAUAAUAUAAUAAAUCAUGAUCCAGGCAGUCGUGAUUCCGUUGUUUCAACAUCUCAGCGGCAAUACCUUAUUUCCUUAGGGCUGCAUCAGCCAAAAUUAACUAAAUAUCCAGUUAAUACUACAAUUAACAACAUUAAACAGCAUAGUUUUAAUCCUAAAUGGUACAAUGAAUAUCCAUUAUUAGAAUACAGUAUUGUCACUGAUUCUGCAUAAUGUUUUGUAUGUUCUUUAUUUUCAAACGGUCCAGGAAGAUCUUAUAUAGAUUCAGCAUGGGUAAAACCUGGUAUUCGUCAGUGGCAUAAAAUGAAAAGCUGUGGAGUUAAAAAAUUGGGUAAAUUACAACAACAUUUUUCUUGUUCUUCUCAUAAAGCAGCGUUACAUGAUUAUUAUCAAUUUAUGACUACUGAAAAUCAUAUUGAUUUAAUUUUAAACAUAUCAAAUAGAAAAGAAGCAAUUAAGUUGGAACAAGAAAAAGAUUUCAACAAACAAAUUAAAGUUAUAUUAUUUGAUAUUGCUAGAACAUUAUCACGACAAGGAUUAGCAGGUGAUGGUGACGAAAGUGGAGGAAAUUUUAUGCAAUUUGUUCAGUUACUCUCUAAGCAUAAUCCCUUAAUGAAACGCUGGAUGGAUGAGUCUUUAUCACGACCACAUAAAGUUACUUAUUUAGGUCCAAGAUCUCAAAAUGUAUUUAUUUAACUGCUAGCUAAAGAAACACGUAACAUAAUAGUAAAAGAGAUAAACGAAGCAAACAUUUAUUCAGUAUCUGCUGAUACCACGCCAGAUAUAUCACAUCAGGACUGUUUAUCAGUAUGUGUCCGAUAUGUUAAUAGUCAAGGCAAAUCUGUUGAGCGACUUUUGGAAAUUGAAAAAGGAAACGAUAAAACUGGUUUGGGUACAGCAUCACAAAUAGUCAACAUUUUAGAAAGUAAUUCAUUAAAUCCUAAAUUAAUAUCCUUUCAAUCGUACGAUUUUGCAAGUAAUAUGAAAUGAAAAUUUAAUGGAGUUUUCCUGAUUUUUUCAAAAAGUUUAACAUGGGCAUGUUAAACUUUUUGAAAUUGUUGGUCACAAAGUUAUAUUUGUACCAUGCCAAGCCCAUCGGUUGAACACAUUUUUAGAAAAAAUAGUUGCGAUACUAGUAGUAUAAUUGGAAAUACGAUUGAUGCAUUGGAAAACCUGUUUGUCUUUUUUUCUUCAAGUAAUAAGAGAUUUGGUUUACUUAAUGAGAAAAUUUCAAAAAUUGAAAUUUCAUUACAACUAAGAAAUUUGUCAAAAACCAGGUGGACAGCUCGUGCUGAAAGCGUUAAAGCCAUAUGGAAUUCAUUAGAAGCUGUUGUUGAAAGCCUUGAUGAAAUUCAAUUAUUAAAUGAAUGUUUUGAUAAAGGAACAAGAUCAAAAGCACUUGCUAUUCGAAAACAAAUACUUUCUUUUGAUUUUAUUGUUUCUAUAUCUUUCAUGAAAAAUAUUAUGUAUAAACUAAAGUAUUUUACUCAAACUCUAAAAGCAAAAAGCUUAUCUAUAAUUGAUGCAAUAACUGCAAUUGAUAGCACAAUGAAAAUUUUGACGUCAAUCAACUCUGAUGAUCAUGCAAUGAACAAUUUCAUUAAUAGUGCUAAAGAGUUUGCAAACUUAUUUGGAAUAGACUCUGAAGCCGAUUUUCAAAACUAUCAUUGUAGAAAAUUAGCUCCUAAACGAUUCGAUUGUAAUGUUACAACUCAAACAGAAUUUACAAUAAAUUUAUUUUACAGAAAAGAAUUUAAAAUUGUUCUUGAUACCAUUUUAAAACUAACAAAUGAAAAUUUAAAAUCGUGUGUUUCUUCUAUUGAACCGUUAUAUUUAUCAUUUUCUCAACCAUUUAAUAAACUUAAUAUAACAUUGGAUAAUGUAAAAAAAUCAAUUUCACUAUUUCCACCAGCCAGUCAAGGUGCAAAUCUUCAAGAUUAUGACUUAGUUCAAACAGAACUAGAAAUAUUAUUCAGUAUGUUAAAAGAAGACGAAAUACCAUUUAAUUCUUUAAUGGAAAAAUCAGAAGAAGUAAAGCAUAUUUUACCAUGUGCUCAUCAAAUUUGCCGUUUAGCCGUUUAGACAUCUCCAGUAACUGUUGCAACAAAUGAAAGAACGCUCAGCAAGCUCAAAUUAAUUAAAACACAUCUUAGAUCAACAAUAGCUGGUGAUUGGAUUCUUUAGUUUUAUUGGGAGUAGAGAAAGAUUUUGUUGACCAGUUGGAUAUUAAAAAAAUUGCACAUCAAUGGUCAGUUUUAAAAAACCGGCGAAUAAAAAUUUAGUUUAUACAAUUUCUUUGUUAACAUUAAGAAAUAUUGUUUAAAUAUUUUCUUAUUUUAAUAUUCUUCUCGUAAUAAAUUGUAACACAGUAUUAAAACAAAAUGUUAUAACAGUAUUGAAUACAGUAUUAAAAUUGGGAUAUCGUAAUAUAUGCUAAUUUCAUA